UCUGCAAAACCACUGCCUCUCAGAAACUUGAGAUUUUAGACAAAAACCGAAAUAAAAAAAAAUGGGAAGCUCAAGCUCAAGAACUCCAUCACUCUUUGGCUGCAUCUUCAUCUGGGCAAUCCUGGCCGCCCAUUUGGUAGUGAUUGCUUCAGCUUCGGCCGUUGAUUUCAGCAGGGGCCACCAGCUGGGCGAGCUGAGCGGGGGUUCGACGAGAUCGGCGGCGGGGGGACUGAUAGCUGACGAGGACGAGGAUGCGGAGAUGCAGAUGGACUCGGAGAUCAACCGGAGCAUGUUAGCCACGAGGUCGUACAUUAGCUACGGUGCGCUGAGUAGGAACACUGUCCCCUGCUCGCGACGUGGCGCGUCCUACUACAACUGCAUACCUAGGGCUCCGGCUCGACAUCGAUCUCCGGCGAAUCCCUACCGUCUCGGCUGUAGCGCCGUUACUCGCUGCAGGCGCUAAUUUCAAUUUUUUUUUUUAUAAUUUAAUUUAAUUUCCUCCCCUUUUUUUUUGUUAUUAUUGUUAAAAAAUUAUAUGGGUCUAGUUGGUGAUUGUGUUA